CCGAGCAGUUAAUUCUGCUUCAGCAGAUCCACAUACCGGCAAAUUCACAAACUUUAUUUGUUUGGGCCUCGCGGAGAGGUUGUUGUCGGAAAAGAAGCAUUCACUUGUGUCCAGUGAACGGCUAAUACUGUGCUUCAGGAUUUGCUUGCCAUCGUGGGAAGAGAGUUCAGCGUUGUUGUUGCUCCUAGAUGUGAAUCUCGCUGGAUACAUUGCACAGCCACCUUCGGGUCCAGAUUGCUGAUCCGAUUUCCGUGCCACUGUUACUCGAUGACGGGGCAUGGAUAAUUCAGCCACAAGUCAAGGCAAUGAGAAUCUCUCUGCUCCUCCUGAAACUCCAAAACAUGUUCAAGGUCCAAGUGAGACUUCCACUCCACCACCAUCUAUGGAUCCCACGUUACAAAGUGCAGCAUCAUCGGCUUCUGUUAUUGAUGAGACUGGCUCUCAUGUGGCUGAAGGGGAAAUACGAAAAAAUGUUGUUAGCGGCAAGAACCCUAAUCUUAGAAGGGAUUACACUGCACAGAUGAUGACUAGGAUCUUGGACACACAGGAUAAAAAGGGCACAAUAUCUUGGACAUCUGUCUACACACUGGUCUUCUGCAGAUGAAUACAGCGAGGGAGCUUUGUUAUUCCCGAGCUGUUGUUCAGGGCCUAUAUGUUUGGACCCUGAAUACACUUUCAUGUUUAUGUAUCUAUGUCAACCACCCGGUUAGGCUAUGUGCUUAGGUUGUAUGUGUUAUUUAGCCUCAUAGAUGUUGUGUUUGGAUUGCUAGAAGCGAUUUGUCAGUUGCCGUUUCUAAUGUACUAUAUCUUUCCCCGCACUGCUUAUGUUUUAUAUUGUACAAUUUCCA